AGCAGCUCGGGGAGUUGCAUGCUGGGAGGUGCGCUUUCUGCGAGAAGGAUUUUUAUUCAAGCUCUGGUUUCCUGGUGACCCUGUCCGGAGUUAACCUCAACGCCGGCGCGCCCUCCCGACGCCGUCGGUUGCUGGGCCCCAAACGGCCAGCUGUCCUCCAGAAAAAGCAUCCCAAGGAGAAAGAAUCAUCAUCACAGAUCUUGAAAUCAAGAUCUGACUUCUCUGGAUUUUGUGUCUUCAGUAAAGGAGACCCCAAGAGGACCGAUCAGUUCUUGAAUUCUAAAACCAUGGCCCACGGUUUGGUGACAUUCUCCGAUGUAGCCAUAGACUUCUCUCAGGAGGAGUGGGCAUGUCUCGACUCUACGCAGAGAGACCUGUACUGGGACGUGAUGCUGGAGAACUACAGUAACUUGGUCUCGCUGGAUUUGGAAUCACCGUAUGAGACCAAGAGUUUACCUACACGGAAGGGCACUUAUGAGAUAAAUUUUUCCAAACAGAACUCAAAUAGAAAAAGUAAAUCCCUUGGCCUUGACUGGAUGUGUGAAGGUGAAUUUGAAGGACCACAGGUCCCUCAAGAGGGAUAUAUCAAUCAAAUCAACUGUGGGAAAACGCCCACUUGCAGAGAAAAUACCUCUGUCCGACCACAUCAGAGACUUCAUAACAGGGAAAAUUCCUAUGAAUGUAAGGAAUGUGGGAAGGCCUUUAGCCGAGGCUAUCAACUUACUCAACAUCAGAAAAUUCACACCGGUGAGAAACCCUAUGAAUGUAAAGAAUGUAAAAAGGCCUUCCGUUGGGGUAAUCAGCUUACUCAACAUCAAAAAAUUCACACUGGUGAGAAACCUUAUGAAUGUAAGGACUGUGGGAAGGCGUUUCGAUGGGGUUCAAGCCUCGUUAUUCAUAAGAGAAUUCAUACGGGUGAGAAGCCCUAUGAAUGUAAAGACUGUGGGAAGGCCUUCAGACGUGGUGAUGAGCUCACUCAGCAUCAGAGAUUUCACACUGGUGAGAAAGACUAUGAAUGCAAAGACUGUGGGAAGACCUUUAGCCGAGUGUAUAAACUAAUUCAGCAUAAGAGAAUCCACAGUGGUGAGAAACCCUACGAAUGUAAAGACUGUGGGAAGGCCUUUAUUUGUGGUUCCAGCCUCGUUCAACAUAAGAGAAUUCACACCGGUGAGAAGCCCUAUGAGUGCCAAGAAUGUGGGAAGGCCUUUACUCGUGUCAAUUAUCUCACUCAGCAUCAGAAAAUUCACACUGGUGAGAAACCUCAUGAGUGUAAGGAAUGUGGGAAGGCCUUCCGUUGGGGUUCGAGUCUCGUGAAACACGAGAGAAUCCAUACAGGUGAGAAGCCAUAUAAAUGUACAGAAUGUGGGAAGGCCUUUAACUGUGGCUAUCACCUUACUCAGCAUGAGAGAAUCCACACUGGCGAAACACCUUACAAAUGUAAGGAAUGUGGAAAGGCCUUUAUUUAUGGGUCAAGCCUUGUCAAACAUGAGCGAAUUCAUACAGGGGAGAAACCCUAUGAGUGUAAAGAAUGUGGGAAGGCCUUCAGUCACGGCCAUCAACUUACACAGCAUCAGAAAAUUCAUACUGGUGAGAAACCCUCUGAGUGUAAGGAAUGUGGAAAAGCAUGUAAACAUGUAAACCAUCCUCCAGAACAUCAGAGAAUUCAUGCUGUUGAGAAACCUUUUGGGUACAAAGAGCGUACAGAGGCCUCUAUUCAACAUUCAUUUCUUCCACGACAAGAGGAAAAUCCGUGAUAAGACUUAACACAAGAAAGCCUUCACUGGUCACUCUUCUGCUUAUAGAAUGUCAGAAGUCAUAUGAGAGGUGAAUUUGGAGAACUGGAGAAAUCACUUUUUCUUAUUGAUCACAACAUACUCAGUUGUAGACUAUUUUCUACUGGAUAGGUUAGUUUCCUGAAUGCAUAGAAACCUUCCAAUACCAUUUCAUCUCUGUCGUAUUUCAGAUUUGUUCUGAGGUAAAACUCUGCUAAUGCAGCAUAUGUGGGAGAGCUUUUCUCGUGGUACAUACCCCUACCUGUUUCCAUCACCGUCCCACCUCUUUACUCCCUGUGAGGCACUGAGAAAAUUAGCUAUUACUCCCUGUGCAUUAUCUGUGAAAUGGGGAUAAUCACACCUACCUAAUACUGCUGUUGUGGUGAUUAAAUGAGUUUGGUACAUGUAAGCUCCUUGAACGUGUAUCUGAAAUAUUGUGUAAGCUCAAUAAAUAUUAGCUGUUGUUGUUGUUCUCAUUACCAUUAACGUUGCUAUUAGUGAAUUUUUACAAGACCCCCUGCGGGUGCAGUGAGCUGAGAAAAGACUAUCAAACUUCUAGAAGAAAACAUGGGGAAUUCCCUGGUGGUCCAGUGGUUAAGAUUCCAUGCUUCCACCACAGGGGGGCACAGGUUCGAUCCCUGGUCGGGGAACUAAGAUCCCACAAGCCGUGCGGCGCAGCCAAAAACAAACAUAGAAGAAAAUUUAGGAGAUUGUUGUCACAGCAUUGGGGUAGGCAGCAUUUCUUAGUAUACAGAAGACAUUAAACAGAAAGUAGAAAGUUAUUAAGUUGGACUUCAUCAAAAGUACAAAGUUCUGAUCAUCAAAUGACACCAUGAAGGUGGUGAAAAAGCAAGAAGACUGGGAGAAGAUAUUUACAUAAACCUGACAAAGGAUUCACAAAGAAAGGAUAAAAAGAAUCCUUCAAGUCAAUAAUAAAACAACAGGGCUUCCCUGGUGGCGCAGUGGUUGAGAAUCUGCCUGCCAAUGCAGGGGACACAGGUUCGAGCCCUGGUCUGGGAAGAUCCCACAUACCGCAGAGCAACUGGGCCUGUGAGCCACAACUACUGAGCCUGCGCAUCUGGAGCCUGUGCUCCGCAACAAGAGAGGCCGCGAUAGUGAGAGGCCCGCGCACCGCGAUGAAGAGUGGCCCCCGCUCGCCGCGACUAGAGAAAGCCCUCGCACAGAAACGAAGACCCAACACAGCCAAAAAUAAAUAAAUAAAUAAAUAAAUUUUAAAAAAAAUAAUAAUAAUAAUAAUAAAACAACAAAUCAAUUAAAAGGUGGAGGGAGACUUACAUAAGCACUUAAGAUCACCAAAUGGCAAAUAAGUAAGUGCAGAUAUAUUAAACGUCAUCACUCCUCAAGGAUAUGCAAAGUAAAAUCAUCAUGUGAUGUCACUAGACACACACCAGAAUGGCUGACGUUAAAACUGCUUAUAAGCCAGUGUCUUUGUUGGAUGUUCAAACAUGGCCUGUUCAAGAAGGAACAGCGGCUUCCCUGGUGGCACAGUGGUUAAGAAUCCUCCUGCCAAUGCACGGGACAUGGGUUCGAGCCCUGGUCCGGGAAGAUCCCACAUGCCGCGGAGCAACUAAGCCUGUGAGCCACAACUACUGAAGCCCGCGUGCCACAACUACUGAAGCCCAUGUGCCUAGAGCCCAUGUUCCACAACAAGAGAAGCCACCGCAAUGAGAAGCCCACGCAUCACAAUGAAGAGUAGCCCCCGCUCAUCGCAACUAGAGAAAGCCCGCGCACAGCAACGAAGACCCAACACAGCCAAAAAUAAAUAAAUUUAUAAAAAAAAAAAGAAGGAAUAGAACCAGCACACUGGACCUCUCCAAAUCCUGGAGGUCCCGCAACAGGGAUGGGAAGGUGAUGCUCAAGGGAGGCAAGUGGAUUUUCCCUGGGGAAGGGGCCAGGGCCUAGCAUCAAGUCCUUGAGAGAGCUGAGGGAGCAGUUAGACUCCGGAGGGACCUGAGCUGUCUUAAGAGGGUCAGUCCUAGAGUGAAGAAAGUGGGUUGUCUUGGAGAAAGGACUUGAGCCCAUGGUGGGGAAUCAAAGAGUAUGGGUGGGAGAGGACUAGAGCCCAUGGGAGUGAGUUUGAAAAGCUAGGGGUGGGGCUGAUGGCCAUGGGAGGGCCUGGUGCAUUAGGAGGGAGAGGCUUGAGCUCAGACAGGUCCUGGGAGACUGGAGAAAAGGAGAGAGUCCAGGAGGGGAGCCUCUGAGAGCUGGAGAACUUGAAUGCUAUCCAUGAAUGUGGCCUGGGAGAUCUAGGGUGGGUGCUACAGCCAGUGGGAGAACUGUGGCACAGGGGAUGGCAGUGUGGUUAGAGCCCAGAGGAGUGCCUUAUGAAGGCUGACAGAGGGUCCAGAAUCAGGUUGAUGUAGGCCUUAUGUUUGGUUUAUCUCAGGGUUGGGGUUACAUUUCAAUUCAAGUUACUUUGUCCUUGGAUUACGUAUACCUUAGUGUUAGGGUUAGGUUAAGGAUUUGGAUCCUCGGCAGGGAGGGAAUGAGGGAACAUGGAACAUAUUUGGGGGGAGGGAUGCCAGACAUAUACAGACCAUUCCACCAACAACAGAACACAUAGAACAUUCUCCAGGAUAGACCCUAUGUUAGGCCACAAAAUAAUCUCAACAAAUUGAAAAAAUUAAAAGCACAGAUUGAAACCUGACCACAAUGUAAUGAAACUAGAAAUCAACAGAAGGAAAACAAGAAUACUAUAUGAAAAUUAAACCACACACUCUUAAGCAACAGAUGGGUGAAAGAAGAAAUCAUAAGGGAAAUUAGAAAAUACAUAGGAGUGAAAAUCAAAACAAACCACAACUUACAGGAUGCCAUGAAAGGCACGCUCAGAAGACAGUUUAUGGCAGGAAAUGCCUACAUUGAAAAAGAAGAAAGAUCUCAAAUCAAUAAACUAACUCUACAUGGUAAGACACUAAAAAAAAGAACAAACAAAACCAAAAGCAACAGAAGGCAGAAAAUAAUAGGGAUUAGAGUGGAGAAAAAUGAAAUAGAGAAUUGUUUUAAUGAUACAAAGAAUCAACAGAACCAGAAGUUGGUUCUUUGAGAAGAUGAACAAAAUGAGCAAACCUUUAGCUAGAUUGACCAAGGGGGGAAAAAAGCGAUUAUGCAAAGAGAAGUCAAAGAUCACUAGAGAUGCUUCCAGUCUCUUCUAGGUAUGUGUGGCUAAAGUGAAACAUCACAAAAGCAAAGAAACUUGAACGCAUUGACAUUGCAAAUAAACAGAAUAAACCUGAGUGCAUUCAGUUACGCCAGACCAGGGUUCGCCAGAGUUUUUCUGUUGAGGGCCAAAUAAUGUUUUAGGUUUUGCAGGCCACAUAUGCUCUGGACCACAUGUUCCUCUUUAUUUUAUUAUUAUUAUUAUUUUUACAACCUUUUAAUAAAAACCACUCAGCCUCUAAAUCAAACAGAAUCAGAGCCACAAUCAAGAUUUGAGCUAUGGACCAGAGUUUACCUGACUGCUGCACUAAACCAAUAGGUAAGCAUGGGAAAAGAUUCUAGGUCAGCAUUAUCCAAUUUGGUAACAAACAGCCACAUAAAAUCUUGAGCACUUGAAAUGUGGCCAGGUGGUAAAGUAAGUGUAAAAUACACACUGAGAUUUGAAGACUGUUCAGAAAUAAAAAAGGUGAAAUAUCUCAUUAGUGAUUUUUACAUUAUAUGUUUAAAUGAUAACAUUUUGGAUAUUUUG